AUGUUCUACUCAGAUCCACCUCACCUCGUUAGGGCCGGGGAGCUCAAGGAGCCUCCUAAGGGAAAGCCUUACUCCGUCGCCAUCCCCGGAACCGAAAAGCCUGGCCGCUCCCCGAUAUACCGAGCAUGGAGUGCGCAAAAGGAGUUGAUCAAGUCGCUGGAUCCUAAGAUCACGACUGCCCACGAGAUGUUCGAGUCCACUGCCAAUCGCAUUCCCAAGAACCACUGCCUCGGUUGGCGUUCAUUCAACACCACAACGAAGACCUUCGAGCCAUACCAGUGGAUUACAUAUGAGACUGUCCAGAAACGGCGUACAAAUUUCGGUGCGGGUUUGGUAGAGCUACACCAUAAGCACAACUGUCAUCAGCCUGGCCAGUAUGGUGUUGGUCUCUGGUGCCAGAACCGACCCGAGUGGCAAAUCACCGAUCUGGCUUGCAUGUCCCAGAGCCUUUUCUCGGUUUCAAUCUAUGAUGUCUUGGCCCCCGAUGCGACGGAAUACAUUAUUAACCACGCGGAGUUGAAGUGUGUCGUCACUUCUCUUCCUCAUAUCCCCACCCUCCUCAAACUCAAGUCAUCAUUGCCUACUCUCAAGAUCAUUAUCUCUCUGGAUCCGCUUGACUCCGGCGAGCAGGAUGGUCAUUCCAAGCGUGCUUUGCUGGAAGCUAUGGCCGCCGACCAUGACCUUGCCAUCUACGAUAUCACUCAGGUUGAGGCGAUCGGUGAGGCCUCGAAGCGUGCACUUAACCCUCCUUCGGCUUCGAGUCUUGUCACCAUCAAUUACACCUCCGGUACCACUGGCCCUCCUAAGGGUGUUGUUCUGACUCAUGAAAACGCAGUGGCUGCCGCUUCGGCUGGUCUCGCGUUUGUUGGUCAGGCUCGAGGUGACACAAUGUGCUCUUAUCUUCCGCUGGCUCACAUCUACGCUCGUAUGUCCGAACACUGCGCUCUGUGGGGUGGUGCCCGAAUUGGAUACUUCCAUGGCAAUAUUAUAGAAUUGGUUGACGAUCUGAAAUUGUUGAGACCUACCGGAUUCAUGUCUGUCCCCCGACUCUACAACCGCUUUGGUACUGCGAUUCGCGCGGCCACAAUUGAGGCGCCUGGCUUCAAGGGUGCUUUGUCUCGACACAUUAUCGAUGUUAAGACUGCCAAUCUGAAGAACCCAAGUAACCCAACCUUCCGUCACGCUCUGUAUGAUCGCAUCUGGGCUAAGAAGGUUGCCGCGGCUAUUGGAUUGGACCGUGCGAAGUACCUGGUUUCCGGCUCGGCGCCUUUGGAUCCCACUCUUCAGAACUUUUUGCGAGUUGCUAUCGGUGCUCCUUUUGUUCAGGGGUACGGUUUAACCGAGACCUAUGCUUUGACUGGUGCACAGUCACAAUCAGAUAUGAGCGCCGGUAACUGUGGUUCUCUGGCUUUCUGUGGUGAGGCCUGUCUUCUUUCUUUGCCAGACAUGGAGUACUCUGUAGAUGAUAAGCCCUACCCCCGUGGAGAGCUUAUCGUACGCGGCCAUAACCUGUUUAAGGAAUACUUCAAGAACCCAGAGGAGACCGCAAAUGCGAUGACAGAGGACGGCUGGUUCCGCACUGGUGAUGUGUGCACGGUGGACGAUAUGGGCCGCUUUAUCAUCAUCGACCGUCGCAAGAACGUGCUCAAGCUCGCUCAAGGUGAAUACAUCUCCCCGGAGAGACUGGAGGGUGUCAUCCUCUCUGAGAUUGGCUACCUCGCCCAGGGCUACGUUCACGGCGACAGUGUUCAGACCUUCCUGGUUGCUAUUUUCGGUGUUGCGCCCGACCUGUAUGCUCCAUUCGCUAGCAAGGUUCUUGGUCGUCAGAUCGAGGCUACAGAUCUCGAUGCGAUCAAGGCUAGUCUGACAGAUGACAAGAUCCGCCGUGCUGUCCUUAAGGAUCUGGACCGUGUGGCUAAGAAGCACAAGUUUGCUGGUUACGAGCGAGUUAAGAACGUCUCACUGAAGUUGGAGCCCUUCACCAUUGAGAACAACCUACUUACUCCAACUCUCAAAUUAAAGCGCCCUCCUACUGCCAAGUAUUACCGUGGCCUUCUGGAUCAGCUUUAUGCGCAGGGCUUGGAGGAGGAGUCUGCUCCUCGUGCUAAGCUUUAG